AUGUUUCUGUUUUAUCCAAAGCUUAAUUAUUCAUUGAAUUGUCGCUAUUUUUUUGUUUGAUAUAGUAAAGAGCUAGUUGUAGUUGCAAGGGAUGUAUUAAUUAAUGCAAAUAGCGAGUGAAGUCUCAGUGAAGGUGGACAGACACAUGUCUCGGAUACCAGUGUUUAUUGAGCGGAGUAGCCGCAAGGUAUGGAGUAAGGCAUCAAAGCCUUGUAUUUUCAUUGCAUGUGAUUCAGUAGAGACAGAGGUUGGAGAUACUACAGUUGAAACUGAAUCCAAUCUGGGCGAACUGGAAUCAGACUUCACUCUGGAAGCGGAGGAUGGUGAAGACAUAGACCUUGAUGUGAUCCUUGCCGAAAAUUACAAUGUAAUUAAUACAGAUGCAAAUAGUAAUGCCAGUUUGAAUCACGGUAAAGAUGCAGUAGAAGGUAUAAAAAAAGACAAGAAAGUUCAAAACACAGCUGGUAGAAGACUUAUUGAUAAUGUUCAUUUUUCAGACUUGGAUGACAGUAUUUGUGAACAACAAAAUAAUAAUCAGCAAACGCAUAGACAGUUCAGUGAGGAGAAAAAAGAGGCUGCUUUGUCUUUUGCUGUUGUUAGUUGCUGUAAGGGUAUAGUGACAAGUUCUUCAGGGAUGAACACCACCAGAAAUGUUGGAAGCCUUAUUCCAAAACCAAUCCGUCUUGUGGCUGGCAAUGUGAGCUUAACACCAGCACCUGUAAGGAAACGAAAGCCAUUAAAGGACAAGAAUACCAAUGUUAAUACACCAAACAAACCUAGCAGCUUUUCUGACAAACAAAAGACAUCUAGAUACAACAUGCAAAGCAUUAACAGGUUACAAACUGAUGAUGAAAAAAUACAUGGUUUUAAGGAAGCAUCGGAAGAAAAGAAGAAUGAAGUUGCCGGGCUUGUGGAAGAGACACAAGGAAGAUCCUUAACUGAGUCACAAAAUAGACCCCUUUCUGUGUUGGAAGAUUCUGAACCAGAGUGUGUACAGAUGGACACUGGAAAUGCUGGCAUGAAAAUAGCAUUAAAAAAAGCUGAGAAUAUAGUUCAGGAAAACAUUAAUAGUACUAGGCAUGCCAAGAGCAGCUUGCAAGCUGUUUGUUCAAUUACGCAUUAUGAGGAAACUGACAGUAAAGGGAAGAGUGCUGAAAGUAAUGUUAAAGGAGUCAUUAAGCUUAUAAAGAGUGUUACACCUGGCUCAGGCAUUCCAAUCUUUAACCAUCAAAGAAGGUCAGACAAGGAAUCUUACAAAGAUGAAGAGCGAUGUGCAACUGUCUCACCACUUUCAUCAAGAACUCCUAAGGAUUGUUUUCCUUUAAAAAGUGAUAUGCCUGAUCCUGCCAAAACCAACUCAAAGAAAAGACAAUCUGGCCCACUGUUGACUUCUUCUUGGGCUUCUAGGUCUACCAUAUUUUCAAACGCCAGUGAAAUACUUUUAAAGUCGCCAAAAGCAAAGGCCAGUCAAGUAAAACCUAAAGGGCAUUCUGGAGGUGAAAGUAAGGAAAUGCUUUCACACAGGGCUAGCUCUGUACCUUCCACACGCUGUCAGGUCUUCAGUGGAAGAGACAAAUCCCUACAAAAGAACAGCUCGCCAUCAGCCUUGUCAAAAUUGCAUGAAAGGCAAGCAUUUCAAUCUUCAACAAAUGGCAAGAAGGCAGAGCCCAGGCAGGUAACUCCAGCUACUAGGACAAGCUACAAAUCGUCUAGGAAAACAGAUGAUAUUCAAGCAAAGAGAAAUCUUCCCAGGGCCCCAGGACAACAUAGAGUAGUCAAGUUUGGGCAGCAAGUAGAUUGUGAAGAUGAUAUGGAGGACACAUGUAAGCAACAUACAUGUGGCUGCAAUAGAGGAGCAUCCAACAAUGGUCGCCCCCCGGCAUCAGUUAACACGUCAGGUAACACAUCAGGAUGUGGGACAGGAAGCAAGGCAAAGAGGCCGGCCUGGGACCUCAAGGGACGUCUACAGGACAUGGAGGAGAGACUCAAACAACACACGGAACAGAAGUCUGACUUUCAGACACAAAUGCGUGAGUGGCAGGAGCAGCAGGCCCAGCUGGAGUCCCAGAACUCCAAGCUGUCUGGAACUGUCAAGGAAAAGGAAAUGCACUUUACCAACAUGGUCACUGAAAAUGAUGGACUCAAGAGGAAACUAAGUGAAGCUGAGGAAGACCUGUACCAGGUGAGGAAGCAGCUUGAGCGGGAUACAGAGAACUUUGAGUUUACCAAGGCAUCACUGCGUCGCCAGAAAGAGACCCUGGAGGGGGAGGUGGCCAGUCUCCAGCAGGAAGUGGCCGGCCUCAAGUCCUCUGUUGCCCAGCUCACUGCCUCCCAGGCCGGCAUCAGGUCUGAACUUGAAGCCACUAAGCUGGCAUUAGAGCAAGCAACCAGAACCAUUGCAGACAGAGAUGCAGAGAUAGUAACCCAUAAGGCAACAAUCAGUGGACAUGAGGUGACCAUUGAAGAAUACCUGCAGAGUUUCCAGGAACAUGAGACCGUCCGGCGACAACUACAUAACUCCAUACAAGAACUUAAGGGUAACAUUCGUGUGUUCUGUCGAGUACGGCCUCUUCUUGGGGAUGAGCUGUAUGGUUCAGAUGGGGAUAUCCCGCACAUGGCUUUCACUGGGGAGGAACAUCGCACCCUUGAGUUAGAGAGACUGGGGGAAGUCAGCCUUAGUGAGAGCACAGUAGGCGGUAACAGGAAGGGCAAUGGGAAGUAUGAGUUUACGUUUGACCGAGUAUUUGACCCGUCCACCUCCCAAGCCACGGUGUUUGAGGAGAUCUCACAGCUUGUACAGUCGGCGUUGGAUGGUUACAAUGUUUGCAUAUUUGCAUACGGUCAGACUGGGUCAGGAAAGACUUACACAAUGGAGGGUCCGAGUGUGGAAGAUGAGGAGAAUAUGGGCGUGAUCAGCCGCGCCCUGCUCCAGGUCUUCUCCUCUACGCAUGAACUCAAGGACAAGGGUUGGCAGUACGAGUUUGAGGGAUCAUUCCUGGAGAUCUACAACGAGACUAUACAGGACCUGCUGGAACGGCAUGCUGCAGACGUGAAACAUGACAUCAAAAUGACAGGGACCAGUGGCGGUGAUGUCAUGGUCACCAAUCUCACCACUGUCCAGGUCACAACCGAAAACCAGAUUACGCAUUUGUUGAAAACAGCAUCUCAGAACCGUGCUGUCGGAGAGACCCAAUGUAACGAGCGUUCUUCCCGCAGUCACAGCGUGUUCAGGCUCAAAAUUACCGGCAAUAACACAAUCACAGGAGAAACAUGCAAAGGAACGCUGAAUCUGGUGGAUCUAGCAGGGAGUGAGCGCCUGAAGGAGUCUGGGGCCACGGGCCAGCGCCUCAAGGAGACCCAGAACAUCAACAAGUCUCUUUCAAACCUCGGCAUGGUCAUCAUGGCUCUUGGAAACAAGGAGAACCACGUGCCGUAUCGGAACAGUAAGUUGACAUACCUGCUACAGAAUAGCCUGGGAGGGAACAGUAAGACACUCAUGUUUGUGAACGUCUCACCCCGGGAGGACAGCUUCUCAGAAACACUCAAUUCACUCAGGUUUGCAACCAAGGUGAACCAGUGUAAUAUAGGAACUGCAACAAAGAAGAUUCGGUGAACAGAUUUAGACCUACUUGUAUGAGUUGUUGAAUAUCACUUGCAUUACAGCAGAAUGUGGUGCUAAUGUUGGCAGGGUCUUAUUGUAAAGGCAUAUAUUGAAUUUUUUAUUUUACUGUAAAUGUAGAAUGCAUCCAACUGUUGUCAGUUGCUAAGCAGCAAUAUUCAUUCUAAGGUAGCCUUUUAAUAAGGACUUUUUUUAAUACAAAUAUUUAAAUUGAAAAGUGAAUUACUUUCAAAAACUGUUGACAGUCUGAAAUGUUAGGUAUUAAUAUCCCUUUGCUUAAAAGAGAAUCAAAUUUCUCACUAAAAUAAUUGAAUGAAAGUAUUUCUGACACAACAAAGAUGAUUUUCUUUUUGUAGAAAGAAUUCUAGUGUUUCAGAUGAAGGCUUUUUAUUAAAUUUUCUUUAUUGCAUUUAUCAAGGAAUAACUAUUUUGUUACAGCGAAAUUUGUCAUAUAAAUCAAAUAGAAAUAUAAUAUAACGAAAUUAAUCAUAUUGCUUUAGAAGUGAUGCUAAAUAAUCUCUGAUAUACCUAGGUUGCAUUAGUGCAUGUAUGGUGUACAGCAUUUCAUGUUUUAUUUUAAUUAAAGAACAUGUAUAUGUGUUUCCUGAUUACCUAUAGUACGCACUACCUGAGUUAUUGAAAUGAUUCACAAUGGGUGUUAAGUGCAAGUUAUUAACCAGGUUUUCAACAAAAACCAGGUUAUUAGAAUGAGGUUGUCGUUGGGCGGGCGGGCGGGCGGCCGGA